AUGUCCACCCCAGUCAACGACUUCCCCGCCCCAACAUACGAGCACCCAAAGGAAACCACAUCCGAUGAAGAUACCUACGUGCCCGACAGCUCCCGUAUUCCGAAUGAAAAUCAGUCCUUUCUCCGCGUCGAUACCUCCUAUGAGGACCUCGGGAAAUAUCCUGCGCGUUCUCCCUCCGCCACUCGGGAGAAAGCGAUGCGACUCGAGGAUGAUCUAAUUGUGCUGGAAGCAGAGCGUGUGGCCUCCCGCUCCACUCACGAUGACGAAAAGGAGAGUCGCAGCGAGAGUCACUCGUUGUCGAACUCUCGGACUCGACGAGCUCAUGAUAUUGACGAGUUCGACGAGGCAACCAACCCUCUAUAUGAAAAGGCCGCCGUUUAUAACCCUCCGGAAAAUCCCACCACCAGUGUUGCGAGAUUUAUCAAGAAACUGCACGAAUCAAGCUUUAUUGUUCGUUAUUUCACUUACAUUGUGCCACUCGUCCUGCUCCUGCUGAUCCCCCUCCUUGUCGGUGCAUUGGCCUUUCCCGAUGCCAGUGUGGGCGGUGUUAAAUUACUCUGGUUCUCGGUCUGGCUGGAGAUUGUCUGGUUGACUCUGUGGGCUGGUAGAAUCGUGGCGAAAUGCCUCCCCACCCCCAUUGGAUUGAUUUCCAGUAUCUUCACCAACAACUCCAAGAAGUGGCGUGACGUCGCAAGGCAACUGGAACUACCGGCUACCUUGUUCUUCUGGUGGUUGGGUAUCGAGAUCUCCUUUCUGCCUACCAUGAAGAAUCACCAUGUGGACGGCAACAGCGCCACUCGUGGCUGGGAGAGAACAAUCAACAAGCUGAUCAUUUCAGUCUUCGUCUGGACCAUUUUGAACCUGAUCGAAAAAUUCAUCACCCAAUUGAUCGCCAUGAGCUUCCACCGCCGUACCUACUCCGACCGCAUCGAAAUCAACAAGUUCCAGAUCGGCAGUUUGACCAAGUUGUACGGCUUUUCGCGCUCCAAAAUCACCGAAACGGACGAUGCCUUUGAAGAAAAGAAUCACAAGAGGGCCAGCGGCACCAAGACUCCCUUGCACUACGCCGGAAAGGCCCAGCGGGUGGCAAAGGGCGCACUGAACAAGGUGGGCGAUGUGGCUGGUGUCGUGGCCGCCGACUUCACCGGCCGGAAGAUCAACAAUAGUAACCACCCACAUCAAGUCGUUUUGACCCUUCUCAGGACUACCUCGGGUUGUCAGGUUUUGGCCCGUCGACUCUACCGAACCUUUGUGCGCGACGGGUUCGACACGAUUUUCUCUGGCGACCUGAAGGAGGCCUUUGACGACAACGAAGAGGCCGACGCCGCCUUCACCAUGUUUGACAAGGAUAUGAACGGGGAUAUCUCCAUGGAGGAACUGGAAGCGGUCUGUGUGGAAAUUGGUCGGGAACGCAAGGCCAUUACUGCGUCUUUGAAGGACCUGGAUUCCGUGGUCUCUCGUCUUGGCAACGUCUUUGAGUUCUUCGUCGCCAUUAUCACCAUCAUUGUCUUCCUAACCUUAAUCUCGACCUCGGCGGCCGGUGUUCUUACCUCUGCCGGGUCUAGUAUCCUUGCCUUGUCUUGGUUGUUCUCGGCCACUGCCCAGGAAUUCCUCCAGUCUGUCAUCUUCGUCUUCGUCAAGCAUCCAUUCGAUGUGGGCGACCGGGUGACGAUCUAUGGUAACUCGGGUGAUGCCGGUCGGGGCGAUGACUAUUAUGUCAAACAGAUUUCGCUCCUCUAUACCGAGUUCAAGAAGAUGCAAGGCCACAUUGUCCAGGCCCCCAACAGCUAUCUGAAUACCUUAUUCGUCCUCAACCAGCGGCGAUCCGGGGCACUCGCAGAGGCCGUUCCCAUCGUCAUCAAAUACGGCACCACUCUCGAACAGAUGGAUGCGCUUCGCCAACGCCUGGUCGAGUUUGUCCGCAGUGAACGCCGCGAAUUUCAGUCGAAUAUCCUCACCGAACUGCGCGCAGUCACGGAAAACUUCUCCGUGACUCUCAAUAUUGUCUUCUUCUACAAGUCCAACUGGCAGAACGAGGGGCUGCGUCUUCAACGCCGCAACAAAUUCAUCUGUAUGCUCAUGAUGGCUUUACAAGAGAUCGGUAUCGAGGGCCCUCGCAUGAACCUCCAGGGCGCCAGUGUCGACAUUCCCUUCCACCUUUCGGGCUACCCCCCACCAUAUCACCCACAGUCUGCAUCGUCGGGCCACGACGGGGAUCCUCAGACAGGCACCCCGAUUGUCGACGAGCACCACCCCCACCCCCACCCCGAACAUCUUGGAACUCGCCAUCCGUCCAUCCUGCGCAAGGGCAUGAAUACCGCGACCGCGCGUGCCCGUGGCGAUUCGGUGCUUUCCCGAAAACACGUCGACUUCUCCCUCGGGAUGCGCGAUUUCUCCGCCGACGAUAUUAUGGGCGAUGUAUUUGAAGCCCGCAGCCCCCGUGCCGAAACCAUGGUGCGAAAUGUGAUCGCCGAGCGACGGAUUCAGGAAGAGGAGGCCGAGCGCGAGAGCCUUGAUUCUUCCCGACGCCGUUCCAACCUCAGCGUCCCACCACCCGGUGCCAGCGAGGGCCGUCGCUCCACCGAGUCCCAGGGGGGCCACAGCCUCUCCUCCUCAAUCCAUCGCAACCGAUUCUUCCGCCAUCGCACCAACAGCACCCACCGCCACGAAGACUUAAUGGAGCAGGGACGGUUCGACCAGGGCUCGACAUCAAGUCCAGCAGCACCCCCUAUCCGUUCCGUCUCACCGACAUCCCCGGGUGAAAAGAAAGAAUAA